AGGUUGCGUUGGGUACUGUAUUCUGCGAUCGUUUCGUCAUGUUUCGCCGUCAAGUGUUACGAUUGUUAUGAUACUGGGCCGGAUCAUGCCGCGUGCACGAAAGAGAGAAGCUGCACGGGUCUCGCCUGUAUGAUAUUUGAUGCUGGCGAUGGCAACAAUACAAUGACUGCUUUCUGUUUGCUAGCGAUGAAAGACGAGAAUAUAAAGCAGAACGCAGGUUGUUGGCUGGAACCGGAUGGUCGAGGACGACACUGUAUGUGCUAUACGGACUUCUGCAAUCGACUCGUGAACAAAAGCAAAGAAUCAGAAAAGCCAAUUUAUACCGCUAACUACCCGAAUGCUCAAAAAUUUCUAAAACAUACCAGCUUCUGGCAAUUAUACAAAGACCACAACGGGCGACUCUUCGCGAGCAAGGUGACGGAAAGCCGUUCCCAUGCCAGAGAACGUUCAUGUUACCAGCUGGAGUAUGAACGGCAGAUCCAACCGAACAUGCUGGAAGUGAACAUGACGAAUGAAACAGAUCUGGUUCCGAUCGAUUUCGCUGAGUACGAUCGAGUAUGGCACGAGAGGAACGAGAAGGAAAUCACAACGCGCAGUCCUCAAGACAAGAUUCAGGAGAGGGUACAAGACGUUGCAUCUUCUGCACGUCUGCCAUCUUGGAUGCUGAUGACGAUG